UUCCUACAACAAUACAGCCAUUACAAAUCUACAUUAGAAGUAUUCCGCCUGACUCCAAAUGAAUUCAACAAAAGUCUCGAUGAAUUGCUUAUGUUUUUAGCCCAGGUAUAAAAACACGUAAUAAAGGAAAACUACUGAUAAUAACACACUAUUAAUAAUAAUAAAAAAAACUAAUUUAAUCAUCGUAAUUAUAAGUUAAAAAAAUGGAGCAGUGUCUAAAGUACAUGCGUGACAGGAUUCUCUGCCGAGACAAAAUAAUAAGUUCGUUAUACUCGCUGAUUGGCGAAGGCGAUCAACCGAUGCCUCAAAGUUUGUUUAUAUACGGUCACUUGUCAACAGGAAAGUCUCUGCUCGUAGAGAGUCUGCUCAAGCAUCUCGCUUACAGACACUCUGUGAUAAAUUGCCUCGAGCACCCUAGUAGCAAAAGUUUGUUCGAGUACAUUUUGAAUGACAUAAAAAAUUAUGGCGAUAAAAAAUCACUAGAUGAUUUUAAAAAUAAUCUCAAGUGUGACAAUCUGAUGAAUUUUAUUGAUCAUCUUCAGUCAAUCCAGUCCGAUAGUAACGUCAAUAGUCCAAUUGUUAUAGUAUUAGAUAAAAGCGAGCGCUUGCGUGAGAUGGAUUUAAAUUUAUUGCCGGCAUUUUUGCGACUUAAAGAGCUUACAAAAUUAAAUAUCCUUACAAUAUUAAUUAGUGACAUUGUUUGGGAUAAGUAUUUUAUAAAAACAGGAAUUCCUGAACCUAUAAAAAUAUUUUUUCCUCAAUAUACAUUCGAGGAGGUCGCUGAAAUUUUGUAUCUUUACCGACCAGACGACUUCAGAAGCGAGACAUUUUACAAAAAUUACAUAAACUUAUUCUUGUCUGUAUUUUUCCGUUUCUGUCGUGACAUUAAUGAGCUUCGGUAUAUGUCAAUGCUUAAUUUUAAUAAAUACGUCGAGCCGAUAACUCUAGGCCAGUGUAAAGAAAACGACGUAACAACUCUCUGGCGUAAUAUCUCGAGCACACUCAAAGCUAACUUAGAAGUUAUUUAUCUCCGUGUAUCUACGGACGAUUUUACUGAACGUACUCAACUCUCGCAAGAAAUAGAGUCGACUACUAAGCUAGCUUUGAGUUUUGAGCUGCCGUUCUACGCAAAAUUCAUGCUUAUCGCCGCUUACUUGGCUUCUUAUAAUCCUCCUAAGGAGGAUAAGCGUUUGUUUGUUAAAGCUAGUGAUAAGAAAAAGAAACGUCCUACUAUUAAUAAAAAAAAACGCAUUGCUAUGUUCACUCACACUGGCCCGAGAACUUUUCCUCUUGAUCGGAUGCUUGCUAUUUUUUGCGCUAUUUCUGAGGAAAAAAUAGAUAUUAAUGCUAAUUUACUCGCUCAAAUACCGACUAUGUGUCAGUUAGGCUUAUUAGCUACUGUAGGAGAUAAUAAUUUAGAUGAAUCGAAAUUUAAAUGUUGCGUUAAUCUUGAUUUUGUGACUGUUAUUUCGAAGAAAGUUGGGUUUAAUAUUAGAAAUUAUUUGUGUGAUUUCAUUCAUUAAUUUAUUUUUAUUUAUAAUUUUUUUUUUAAUAAACAUUUU